AUGCGUAUAGUUCACCGUAUUCAUUUCUCCUAUCCAUUGUCAGUUCAGAAUGUCUCUGGAGAACUGACCGGUACAGGAGUGGAACUACAGACGUUUUCGGAUAAAGAAUGGGAAAAGGGCGAAACAGCGCUAUCAACCCAGCUCCUCAAAGCGAAGAAAGAUAAGAAAGGUGUGAGUGUGUUCUCCGCUGGAACAGGACCACGACGAAAAGGCAGCUACAGUGCCGAGUCAGAAGAACGGAAAGAGCUUCAACUCAAAGUCAAUUUGAUUGCUCAGUACGUUAGCGAUGUUGCAAAGCUUCUUAUGGAUGAUGUAAUCGGCAGAGAAGGCGUCGAGGUAAGAGUACUCGUUCGGAAUUCGUGGGCUCUAGUAGACCCAGUAAAGGGCCAUACACCUUUGCAUACUUUGAAAGGCUAA